AUGGAGGCCCAAGAGGUAGCUCAGUCCCUUCGGGCCCCCAAAUGUUCACGCUGUCGGAACCAUGGGUUUGUGGUGCCGGUCAAGGGUCAUGCAGGCCAGUGCCGCUGGAAGCAGUGCCCAUGUGAGAAAUGUGCUCUCAUCACUGAACGUCAGAAGAUCAUGGCUGCUCAGAAGGCCUUGAAGAGACAGGUCCCAGACUCUCCACCCAGGGAGACGUUCCCACCUACUCAUGGCAGCCCUAGUGAAGGACAAGUGAACACAGCUAGUAUCAGAAAGAGCUCAAGACUGAACACUACACAACCCUGCAAUCAUGGGCCUGUCAUGCAUGAAGGAGCCAACGCUACCUUGGCAGUCAACAACUGUGGCAGAACAGGGAUCAGCCAGGCACUUCCUAAACCUAGCUCUCCAACCUUCAUUGACUUAGACCAUCCUACUUUGCUUCAAGACUGUGCUGCUGUGUGUCCAGAAUUGGUAGAAAGACAGCAUCCCAAAGUGUAUCCUGGGUAUUCUGGGAUGUACCCCUACCAUCCAUUCUCUGUGGGAUUCACUAUCAACCAACCAGGCUAUAGAGGUCCACCCCCUGCAUCAGUAUUACCCCUGCAAACAGGUUUCAGACACUUUCCUAGUAGUCACGGGCCCGGGAACGUUGCUUCUUUGCCAAUUCAAGAUGCCAAUGGGCACUUUCAGCCUGGCUAUUAUACUCCACUACCACCUUUUAUACCUCAGGGGUUUCUGCCAGGGAUUCACUACAUUCCUCCACCUCUCCCAUUAAAUGUUGUUGCUGAAACUGCCAAGGAAACAUCUGCUGCCCCUGUGGAUAGCCAGGAUUCUGGAGUGAUGAGUGAGCACAGCGAUCCAUCAUCUCAGGAAGAUGCUAGUGGAGAAUGUUCCUGA